AUGUACUCCAACGUACAAGCCCAAGACGAGUUAGUCCCUGGAAGCCAGCUCACCUCCAUCUUCUCCAACUACGAAGUAUUAACUAUCCUUGGAGAAGGGACUUUUGGCAAGGUUGCAAAAUGUGUCAGGAUGGCUGACAAGAAGACCGUAGCCAUCAAAGUAAUGAAAAAUUACUCAGUAGAGGUGGCAAACAUUGAGGUGGCUAUGCUAUACAUGCUCAGCAUGCAUAACGGCAACAAACACAACUUGGUUGAAUGGUAUCAGGCUUUUAUGGAUAGAGGUCGUCCAUGUCUGGAGUUUGAGUAUCUUGACAAAAGUCUGUUUGACUUCAUGCGAGAAAGACAUUUUCAGCCACUCAGUUUAAUGGAAAUUCGACCAAUAGUCAUGCAGAUUGCAAUAGCUCUGAAACACCUGAAGUCUAUUGGAAUCAUACAUGCAGACCUCAAACUAGAGAAUGUAAUGUUAGUCAAUCACCAACAAGAGCCAUACCGAAUUAAAGUGAUUGACUUCGGCCUGGCUCAUGUCACCUCUGCUGCCACAGUGGGCUCUUGCCUUCAGACCUCUCCAUAUCGGGCCCCGGAGAUUAUUCUAGGCCUUCCGUUCACAGAGGCCAUAGACGUUUGGUCUCUGGGCAUCAUUGCUGCCACUCUAUACCUCGGUUUCCUGCUGUACCCUGGAUACUGUGAAUAUGAGAUGGUGAGUAAACAGUACCCCUAA